CUUCGCGAACAAGUCGCCGCUUAUCACUUUCUAUCGUGCAAAUAGAUACAGUUUUAUUCGUGGCAAGUCGACUGGUGUAACGAUGCGGCAGUGAUUACUCGGUUGUUCCUGCUAAUUCGGAGCCAUUUCGUGUAAUUAGGCUCGUUCUUGCGAGUUCUUCGAGUACUAUUGACACGGUGCAAGCAUGCAGGCGGAGAAAAACGACUCGAAGGUAGAGAAGAACGACGUCCAGGCGGAGAAAAGCGAUACCGAGGCUGAGAAGAAAGAGGCCAAGGAGACGAACGAUGCCGGGAAGGAGGAGGAGGCUGUGGCUAAUAAGGCAGCAAAUUUGAAAAUCGACGACGAGACCGGAAGCUCGACGCCCAGCAGCCCGGGCGCCUCGCAGUCUGGCAGCUUUUUGGCAAACUUUAAGGCGUUCUCGAAAUUCGGUGACCCGAAAAGCGACGGGAAGUUGAUCACGUUGAGUCAGAGCGACAAAUGGAUGAAACAGGCGAAGGUGAUCGAUGCGAAGAAGAUCACCACUACCGAUACGGGCAUUUAUUUCAAGAAACACAAAUCCAUGAAAUUAGGCAUCGAACAAUACAAAACGUUCUUGGAGGAGCUGGCCAAGAACAAGAAGGUCGACUUGACGGAGAUGAAGAAGAAAAUGGCCAACUGUGGACUACCCGGCGUCACUGGCGCUGCAGGUGCUGGGAAAGCAGCCUCCACGGUAGACAGACUGACGGACGUCAGCAAGUACACCGGGUCGCACAAGCAGAGAUUCGACGAGAGCGGGAGGGGCAAAGGCAUCGCUGGUCGAAAGGACCUGCCCGACCAAUCUGACUACGUGCAGGGCUACCAGAACAAAGGCACUUACAAGGCUCACUAGCUUGCGAUUCGCGCGCUUCUGUGAUGUCUUCGACACUCUGUUGUCCCGUCCACGCACCUCACACGAAACGCCGUCGCGUUCCUGCCUCGUCCUCGUUGUCGCGUUCCUCGCCAGGCACAAGGAUCUUCCGUCGCAGCCCGUUGAACGGUACCGCAGACAAUCGACGCAGGGAACGACGAUGAUCGACGAACGCGUUGGGAGCUUUCCUCGAUGGUACCCUUUGCAGGCGAUCCAGCGAGGAAACGUCGGGAAUCUCGUUCACGACCGCGCUUCCACGCGACGAACAGCGAUUCGGGGAGCUGGUGUUCAGGACACGUGGUUAGUGAACUUGGUACGGUCUUUCUCCGACAGACGA